AUGUCACCCUUUCGUUUGGUGUAUGGGAAACCAUGCCAUUUACCUGUGGAGUUGGAGCAUCGAGCAUGGUGGGCAGUUAAGACAUUCAACAUGGACUUGGACGAGGCUGGCCUUCAUAGGAAGUUGCAACUAAAUGAGCUUGAGGAAAUUCGAAAUGAGGCUUAUGAUAGUGCGCGGAUUUAUAAGGAAAAGACAAAGGCUUUUCAUGAUAAGAUGAUUCGUGGAAAGACCUUUGUAGUUGGGCAAAAAGUUCUUUUAUUUCAUUCUCGAUUAAGACUUUUCCUGAUAAGGAGCCCUGCAACUGGAAGUGAUUUCAAGGUGAAUGGACAUCGUCUUAAACCUUACUAUGAGGC